GGAAAUCCCCAAGUGGAGGACUGAGUACGAAGCUGUAGUACGGAAGUGCGAGUUUUGUAAUAUUCAGACCGCUAUCCUACGCUCUGGUUUAAUUGUCUUGCAGAGAGUAUUACUGCAGCAUUGACGUUUGUUACCCAAUUCAAGAGUGACCGCCACGGAGAGAGUAACUUAGGUUCAUAGCGGUUUGGGUCCAGCUGGGUGCCCGUUUGGCAUAGGCGUGAGACGGAGGUCUUACUUGAUAAAGAGUGGCACUUAAAUCUUGCUUCGUCUUGCCCUGGGUAACAACAAAAUAUAUGUAGGGAUAGGGAAUCAGUAGUCGGGUCGUCCUUUGCAAAAGGGCACGCUUGCCAACAUAUUACAGUGAUGACUAAAGGGCAUCAAGUGCAUUAAACGUCUCCUCGGAAUCAAACCUUACAGAUGUUACUGCAUUGCCUGGCACUUCGUUUCAGUUAAAUGGUAACCGACUUUCCAAGGUGUGAAUAGUGGAACUAAAUUGCAUUUCACUUGUGGGCAUGUUCCUUCUUAAGCCAUAUGUAUUUUGUUAUCGAUUUCUUAUUUAAAAUAUCUGGAACACGUUAACAAAACCGUCUUUUACCGUCACACUUAAAGUAGAGAUAUUUGUAGUACUGUACAUUUCUGAAAUAAAUACAUAUCAUUGUUUGAGUUGGGAUUUUAAUUCGCACGCCUUUUAUUACAGAAUAUAUACGCAUUAAAAGUGACACUGGGUGACACUACCGUGGACAGGCUCCUUUAAAAACAAGGAAAGGAGAUUGUGUAGCUAGCUCAGUUAUAUAUAGCUGCGAGCGCUGGCAUUUACCCUUUUCUUAUGAGGUACGGCAGCUAUGAGCUACAAAAUGAGCAACUCUGUGGAGAAGCUUGCAACACAACCUUUAACCGUUCAAGACUGUGAUCAAAGCAAAGGGGAAACAACAUACUGCAGUUCUGCUGAUAAAUUUGGAGUGAGCCGUCAAUGUGCACCAAAGGCCUCCUGGAAAAAGUGGAUCCCAAGGGUGCUACUUGUUCUUAUUCUACUGGGUGUGAUAGCUGUGCUCGUUGUCCUCAUUUUUCACCCCUUAUGUGUGCGGUCAUGCCUGACACAACAACUGGAAACGUUCAAGAAUACAACCGUAGUCCGUGUUGGCGAGCUUAAUUCCUCUUUGGCCUUCUGUUUAAGUAAUACAGAUUUCUUGCAACAAAAUAUAACAAUUCUAGGAAAUGAAUUAGCCAUUUUGCAAAAUGAAAAAUCAUUUCUGAAAGAAAAAAAUGCUGUCUUGUCACGCAACGUAACAGCACUAAAGGAUGAAGUAACCGCCUUACAGCUUGACAACCUUAACCUGACAGAGACGACUGCCAUGUUACAAAAUGAGCUGAAGGAGUGGAAGGCGAAGUUCUCAGACGCUUCACAACAGCUCGAGCACUACAAAAACAAAACGCAAGACUACAGCAAGGAAGUGAGAAGACUGAAUCAAGAGGCGUAUUCACCUGCAGGCAGCGGCAGCAGAAGCUAUCACCACACAUACCCUACACUGGCAGCAGGAGCUAUACUGAUAGUUCUCUUCUGUUUUUAGUAUAGAUGCAACACCAUACCAUGUGAGCCCCAGCAGCUGGCAAAGAAAAAAACGGAAAUGCUACAAGUAACGCCACCAGGUGGACCUGUUUCACUGUCAAAACCAGUUGCUUGCACCGAGUAAUAUAUUUGCCUACUGCUGAAGUGUGAAGGUUCCCUUGGAGAUGCCUAAACAAUUGUCAGAGCUCAAGUACACUGGAUCAUCAUGCGAGGGCUCUAUUGUACUUCAGAUGUAUGCCUGAAUGUUAUUCCUUUUUCACUCUUGCAGCUUUUAGGGUAAAGUCAUGUCUUUGGUUUGUGAAUUCAUAUUGCAAUGAAACCAGUCAUCAAUGCAGUGGUAGCCAGGACUUUCAGUUACCAAGAGAAAACUGGAUCUUUCGUGUAGCUAGGAAAUGUGAACCCUUUCUAAGACUAUAUGUGGUUUCUGAUUUAUACUUCAAGCAUUUACUCUAUGCUUCACAUCUUAAUCUAAAGGGGUUUCCUUCUCAUCAAAUGUUUGUUCACUGUUCAGGACAAGAACAAAAUUUUUAGGCACUUGCUGUGUACACUAUGGACAGUGUAAGAGAGAACAGUAAUUCUUGUCCACUGUAAGAAGGCCGAGUUGAAUCUUUCCAGGAUUGUACAUAUGUGCUUCUGUGACUACUUGUCAGUUAGUUACAACAUUUAGACCUUCAGCAUGUAGGAAGUGGAAGGGAGAUAAGGUAUGACCUGACAUUGCUUAGGACUCUGGCUGUUGAAGUGAGUGAGUGGUAUUGCCAUUGGUCCCCAUUGAAUUUUUUUGUAUGAUACAUUACCUAUCUGGCCACUAGACAGAACUGCAGAUGCAAAGACAGAUUUUCAACAGUUUUAAAUUUUACAAUAAGACCUCAUUAUCCUAUGGACACUGAACAUGACAAUGAUGUAAUGGGAUAUUUACAUCACUCACAUAGGUAACUGUUAGGUGUAGAGUGCUGCACAGAUGGAGCAGACUAGAAUAAACUGAUGUAACCUUUUCAAAAGACAGAAAAUAAAAUGCGUCUGACCCAAAGUGUUUUGAUAAUCAGUCUUAUGGAAAGGGAAUUUAAGUGUUGUGUUGUCGUGGCAAGUCUGAUUUUUGCAUUUUUUUUCAAAACUGGACCAAAAGAACUACUUGACCUUGUAGUUUAGUAUUUGCUGUCUUAUAUUCUUAACUGAAGAAUCACACUGCAAUGUAGCCUGUCCUCAAGAUAUUUACUAUUCAUAAAAUGGUGUCUCCUGACUUUUCACGUAGUGUGGUACCGAGAUGAUUUAAAGCCCUAGCUGUGGACCAGGCCAUGAAUCUGGACAUAUUUUGUGGUUUACAGACUGUAUUCACUGGAGGACCCAAUAGGGUAGGGUAUAUACAGGCCACGUUAAAAAAAAUAUAUAUAUGUACAGAUAUAUAUAUAUAUAUAUAUAUAUAUAUAUAUAUAUAUACACACACAUAUAUAUGUAUGGGUAUAGUUCCAUUCCUUUGGUCACACAUGAUUGAAGACAAGUAAACAAAAGGAAAGCCAUAAUUUUUUUUUUUUUUUUUUUUUUUAAGGAGGCUUGCCCACUGCUCCCCUUACAUAGAUGACUCUGUCCCCCAAACCCUUGCUAAAGUAAAUGUACCAUCUCUGAGAUUGUAUGAUAGUGGGAAGGGACUAAUGUCCUUAACCCCACUAUUUGAUGAUCUCUGAGUAAAACUUCCAGUGGUAACAAACAACUCAAUGGAAAGGAAUUUGAUUAAAAAGAUGACCAAUUCCUUUUUGACCGACUGAUUUAAUGACCAAAACAAUUGUACCCAAUAUGUUUAUACAAAAGUCUAAAACAAAACAACUCUUCAAAUUAAAACGUAAGAUAUGACUACCCACCACACCAGAUGAUCAUCAAGAAGGCUUUUUGUGGUUGAUGUUUACCUCUACUCCUGCUGUUCCUCUAUACUUGGGUAACUCAUCCACCCCACUUCCAUAUGGUUAUACUGCUAAGUGUGAAAAAUUGUAACAUGUUAAACCUUUGUUUUAUUUCUUACAGGUGUGCAUGCUUAGUUUAACUGCGUUAAAACUUUGGGAGUGCAAGGCCAGGGUUAUCCUUUUAUGUGUAUGACAUCACAGCAUGCAUCUUUGGGAGGUCUAUAUCCAUCAUGCUUUGUAGUUGGAGAAUACAAGAAUUUUUUUUAUUUCUGAGGUAGGAGAGCCCUUAAAGGAGAAAACUCCAACUGCUGGCGACUACAGAAAGAAUUCCUGAAUGUCAAAUGCUGAGACGAGUACCGUCUUAGCUGGUAGGUAAUUUUUAUUUUGAAGCAAGGAACUGAUAUUUGUCCAGUGCAAAUUUUCACAGUAAUACUUGUAAAGUCUCAGUUUUCAAGGCCAGAGGAAUGCUGAGAUAGUGAGUUGUAUGUCCUGCCAACUGAACUUUAAAGAUUUUUCUUCUCUUUUCACUAACCAGUAGAUGUAAUGUCAUGAAAUGUACCACAAUUUCUUUCCUCUUAAUCAUAAUGAAAUCACUAGCAUAUUAUAGUGACCUUAACUGCUGUCCUGAGGCCUUGUUCUUCUUUUUGUCUCUUAAUUGAUACUUUAUCAUAUAAAUUUUGGUCACCAGUUGUAGAUAUGGGCACCCUACAGGGUCAUGUUCUUGAGCCAAGGACAGCAGUAUCAAAGAGUAACCAACCGUGAGCUCCAUGCUUAUGUUAGGACUUUGCUUACAUGUUGAUCCUUAGCUAGUUUAAGAAAAAAAAUACUAAAAUAAAAUUUGCUGCCUGUUUAUUUCCGCUGUUGCACAGAUCCCCAGCAUCUACACAGCUGGGUUCUCAGUACUUUUACCCCUAUCAUUCCCGCUGUCUAAAUCCCACAGAAUUCACUAGAAUGCCCCGUAAAGUUAGAUGGAAAACUUCUCGUUUGGGAAUAAAGGCAGAUAGAAAGUAUCCUUUUCAUUACUGUAUUUCAUUUGAUAUAGUAUAAGAUAAUUCCAGAAAUGUCUGGGGACUUGUAUGUCUUUACAGCAGUGUCUCUUCCCUGUACCGUUUGUGUAAUCUAAUGUCCCCCAUGUAAUAGCUUGUCUACAGCCUCCACUCCAUGAACAUUUCUUUGAAUUAUUUGUAUGCCAUUGCAAGCACACUGACAACCACAUGCACCCACCCCCCCUUGAAAAGCUCAGCCUCCAUCUCUCCAGUACUGAUGCCAAAAUGUGCGUGCUGCUAUAAAACACUUGUAUAUUACUGUGCUUAUACAGUCUAAAUCACUGCAUUCUACCUUUUAUUGUUUGAAGGCUAGUUGCAAGAUUUGAUAAUGGAUAUAGAAAUCUUUAUUGCAGUCUCACACAUUUCUAGUUGCUCACUUUGGCUAAAACAGUUUGUCAGCAUAUGCAUACUGUAGUAAUUUCAGUAGAACUCAGCAGCAUAAUAAUUUUGUACCUGCAAAUGUAUUCCAGUCAAUUAAAGUUUUUUACUACAGUACUGUAAA